AUGGACAAUUCAAAGUGUGGGUGGGGUCCAUUAUCCGUUCCAUCUGCCAAUUACAUCUACCUAUUCUUAACAGUUAAGAAAUUAAAAAAUUCUGUUAUCGGCGAAAGACCAAUUGAUCCUCCGAGAUAAGUUUGGAGCUUCAAACCAAAAAGGACAUUUACCCAGAGAAAUAAUAAUGGAUGAAAUGAAAGGCAAAUGGAGUGGAUUCAUGAAGAAAGUCAACAACCAAUUUUCAUCAUCUGGGAAUUUCAAGGGCCAAGGUCGAGUCUUGGGUUCCUCUUGUUCUGGACCUGUUAACCCCAUCCUUACCCGUCCCUCCCCACCUCACACCCCUUCUCCCAAGCCUAUUCCUCCCUCAUCUUCUUCCUCCUCUUUGACUUCCAAGCCUUCUUUGCCCUCUAAAUCUUCAAAUUCCGAUCAAAACACGCCCAGCAAUCUUGAACCACCUCGGAAGCCGGAAAACGGGUUCGAUCCUUACGGUUCAUUGAUCACUUCUAGCAAGGUAUCCAAAAAUGGAUUCACCUUGAAUAUGUUUGAGUGUCCGAUCUGUGGUGCUCCUUAUGUGUCUGAGGAGGAGGUAUCUAAACAUGUAGAAACUUGUAUUGAGAUCAAUUCGUCCAAUAGAGAAGGCAGUGACACAGAUGCGGGAUCGAAUGAGAACGAGUUACAAGAGUCCUCAGGGAUUGAAUUGGAGGUUUGCAUUGGUUCAUAUAUUUCAGGGAACCCACCAGACGGAUCAGUUCAGGUUUUUCUUAGGUUGUUGAGGAACAUAGUUAAGGAACCUGGGAAUGACAAGUUCAGGAAGAUUCGGAUGAGUAAUCCGAAGAUAAGGGAAGCAAUUGGCGAGGUCUCUGGAGGAGUUGAGCUGUUGGAGCUUGUUGGAUUUGUGUCGAAGGAAGGAGGAGGGGAAAUGUGGGCAGUCAUGGACGUUCCUAAGAAGGAGAUGAUUACUUUGAUGAACAAGGCAAUAAUGUUGUUGGAACAGGAGAAGAUAGAAGAAGGUAACAAGAGUGAGAAAGAGGAAAUGGUUGAGCCAAAGAAGAUUGACAGACAGAUCCGGGUCUUCUUCUCUGUACCUGAGAGUGUAGCAGCAAAAAUCGAGCUACCGGAUUCUUUCUACAGCCUAUCAGCUGAAGAGGUGAAAAGAGAAGCAGAGUUGAGAAAGAAAAAGAAUGCAGAAUCACAGCUCUUAAUCCCUAAAUCUUUCAAGGAAAAGCAGGCAAAAGCAGGCCGAAGGAGGUAUAGAAGAACAAUGAUUCGCAUCCAGUUUCCUGAUGGAGUGGUUCUUCAAGCCGUUUUUGCACCUUGGGAGCCAACUAGUUCUCUCUACAAGUUUGUCAGCUUAUCACUGAAAGAACCGUCCUUGGAGUUUGAGCUGUUGGAUCCUGUACUGGUUAAACGGAGGGUGAUCCCUUCUUUUCCUGCAGCUGGACAGAAAGCCCGAACGCUAUACGAUGAGGAUUUGGUGCCUUCAGCCCUUAUAAAGUUCAAACCUAUUGAAACUGAUUCAGUGGUGUUUACAGGGCUAUCGAAUGAACUGUUGGAACUGAGUGAACCGCUUGUAACCAAUUGAAACAUCUCUGGCAACCUUUCUCUAUUGAUUGGGGGAAAAACUGCAAAUUCUUUUAUUUUUUUUCAAAGCUGUGAAUUCCUGAUGUUGUAAUUUUGUUUCAGCAAAGGCUGAUUCUUUGGCUCCAUUUGAUUUGUAAUCAGUUAGAGGACUUGUCAAACAACAGUUAUGUCCCCUUGGGGUGGCCUCGGUCCACUUGUUUUUGGGUUUAUAAUAAAUUCAUUUCGUUUCAUUCCAUUUCA